AACCGGUGCUCUGUUGAUAAGCCUUGUGUUGCUGGCUAGUAGCUAGGUACGCAGUAGCAGUUGGCGUCGGGCAGCUAGUAAAACAUUGGACCAAUGCCUUAGAAACAAUUCCCUGUUAUGGUACGAAUGUUGUCCACUGAUUUCAGUGGACCUUAUUCAUCAGAGUAGCGGCAAAACGCCAAUGUUAGCCUUAGGCACCUUAUCAUUUGCAGCGGCCACAUUUUUUCGUUUUUGGCCGAGCUAGCUAAGAAGCUAGCAUAGUUCCAGAUAGCCUGUUAGCUACGCCUAUGAUGGCACAGUCGGAGAGCGAUAAGAUAAUGGAAGCCUAGACUCUGUAUGGAGACUGACUGGCAGCAACGGGAGGGAGCAGCCAAUCAGCCAAGGCCACCACUAGCAGCAUGGCAUCCCGUCAGAGGAACUCGGUCCGGAUCCUGUCCAGCCGGGAGCGAGGUUCCCAGACGUUUGGCUCGCAACGGCUCCUGCAGCUGUUGGUGGAGGAGAAAGUGCGCUGGAUGAAAUGGCAGAGUCAGAAAGUGGAGCUGCCGGACAGCCCCCGCUCUACCUUCCUGCUGGCAUUCAGCCCCGACAGGACCCUUAUGGCUUCCACACAUGUCAACCACAACAUCUACAUAACAGAGGUGAAGACUGGAAAGUGCCUACAUUCCUUAGUGGGCCACCGUAGAACCCCCUGGUGUGUGACCUUUCACCCCACAAUACCCGGCCUGGUGGCCUCCGGGUGCCUUGAUGGCGAGGUUCGCAUCUGGGACCUGCAUGGUGGUAGCGAGAGCUGGUUUACAGAGAGCAAUGUUGCCAUUGCUUCCCUGGCCUUCCAUCCGACCGCUCAGCUCCUCCUGAUUGCCACCAACAAUGAGCUCCACUUCUGGGACUGGAGCCGACCGGAGCCCUUCGCCGUGGUCAAGACGGGCAGUGACACGGAGAGAGUCCGGUUGGUGAGGUUUGACCCCCUCGGUCACAACCUCCUGACAGCGAUAGUGAAUCUGUCCAAUCAGCAGAAUGAGGAGGACCCUGAGGUUCCUAUGGACAGUGUUGAGAUGCCUCACUUCCGUCAGCGCUCCUUCCUGCCUUCCCAACCUGUUCGCCGCACACCCAUCCUUCACAACUUUCUCCACAUCUUGUCAUCUCGCUCCCCGGGGGCUCAAGUGGGAGGUGAGCAGCCACGUCCUCUUGGUGAAAAUGGAAGCAAUGUUGGAGAAUCUCCCAGCAUGCCUCUGGCCCAGUACCCCAGCUCUGAACGUGGGCCUCCUUUCCCUGGCUGCACACAGCACCUGGGCAUGGUUUGCAUGUGUAGUCGCUGCUCAGUCAGUCGCAGCCCCUCUCUGACAGCAGAUGGUUCCUCGGUGACCCCCUCUAAUCCCAGGGUGGUAUCUGAUGCUACCCAGCCCCCCACAGCUUCCACUUUUUCUUCAGCCCGUACAGAGCCUCGACAGCCCUCAGAACGACCUUCAGCCUUCACCUCAGUCUACUACAGUGCUGGCACUUCUCUGAACCCCAGUGCACCAAGCAGCAUUGAGCAGCACUCCACCUCCAGGCCAGGAUCUGACUGGACUCGCAACCUGUUAAGUAUGAGGGAGAGUGGGGUUGGUCCAGGUAUGCUGCCUCCUAGAACCUCAUCCUCCUCCUCCAUCAGCCUUCUUUCAGUGCUCCGUCAGCAGGAUGGUUCCUCUCACUCGCCUGUCUACACCUCUGCCACUGAAGGGCGGGGUUUCCCCCAGCAAGGAGAGCCUGGGGCCCGAGAUACUGCCAGUACAAGCAGCGGGCACCACCCAUUCUGGGAUGGCUCUCGCAGCAACACGGCCUCCUUCCGCAAUGUGCUGCAGUGCAACCUGAGCCGCUACUUCAUGGAGUUUGACCGCAUGCAGGACUUGGAGCCGUCAUUAGCAGGCAGCGUGGCAGAUGGAAGCCAGGAGCAGAGCCAAGAGUUGCUGAAUAAUAACAUGGACCCAGAUAGACCUGGGCCUUCUUCAUCUUCAUCUCAUCCUCCUCCACCCCUACCACCAUCCACUACCAGCAUCCUCUCCCCCCUCCUUCUUGUUCGCUGCCGGGCCUGUCACAACCUGCUGACCUUCAACCAUGACUCUCAGCGCUGGGAGCGCACCAACCAGGCCUCCUCCACCUCUGCCUCCACUCUGGAGCCCUCCUCUUCUUCCUCCUCCUUCCCUUCUGCUUCUUCCCCUUGGCAGCUUGAAGAGAGUAGGAGGACAAUUGAAGUCCAGAUUCAGGAGAGGAGGGCGCCUCCAGAACCCAGGGAGCAGCCACCUACCCGUGGAGGAGCAGGAGCAGUGGCCUUCUCUAUACCCCCAUCCUCCAGCCAGCCUGGGGAGCAGACUAUGGGCUUGGUGUACAACCAGGACACAGUGCAGUGGGAGAGGAUGUACCGGCAGGCUGCUGCCGGCCGGACGGCAGAGUCACCGGAGGCCUUAAGCCAAGAAAUGCCUGUUGACCCCCCAGAUGAGGACUCCCUGAGGAGGCGACUGCUGGAGUCAUCUCUGUUGUCUCGCUACGACGUGUCAGGAUCAAGAGACCACCCCAUUUACCCCGAUCCAGCCAGGCUCUCCCCAGCUGCUUACUAUGCCCAGAGAAUGAUCCAGUACCUCUCGAGACGGGACAGCAUUCGCCAGCGUUCACUUCGCUACCAGCAGAACCGCCUGCGGGCAAUGUCGUCUUCAUCAGACAGCCCUGCCAGCAACCCAUCCAGCUCCAUGGACAACAGUGAUGUGGACUUUGAGGACCUGGACGAUAAUGGAGACCGAGCCAGGCACAGGGCACCACGCAACGCCAGGAUGUCUGCGCCCUCACUGGGUCGCUUUGUCCCUAGGCGUUUCCUCCUCCCUGAGUACCUGCCCUACGCUGGACUCUUCCAUGAGAGAGGGCAGCCUGGCCUGGCCACACACUCCUCUGUCAACAGAGUGCUUGCUGGGGCGUCAAUCGGGGAUGGUCAGUCUGCUGUUGCCAGCAACAUUGCUAACACCACCUACCGUCUGCAGUGGUGGGACUUCACCAAGUUCGACCUUCCUGAGAUCAGCAAUGCCUCCAUCAACGUUCUGGUGCCAAACUGCAAAAUCUACAAUGAUGCGAGUUGCGACAUCUCUGCAGACGGUCAGCUGCUGGCAGUUUUCAUUCCUGGCAGUCAACGGGGUUUUCCAGAUGAGGGCAUCCUGGCCAUCUACUCUCUGGCUCCCCACAACCUGGGAGAGAUGCUCUACACCAAAAGAUUCGGUCCAAACGCCAUCUCUGUCAGUUUGUCUCCGAUGGGCUGCUACGUGAUGGUGGGCCUGGCCUCUCGCAGGAUCCUGCUGCACCCCACUACCGACCACAUGGUGGCGCAAGUCUUCCGCCUGCAGCAGCCACAUGGGGGAGAGACCUCCAUCAGGAUGGUGUUCAACGUGGUUUACCCCAUGGCUCCAGAUCACAGGCGUAAUGUCAGCAUAAACUCUGCUCGCUGGCUGCCAGAUCCAGGGAUGGGCCUGGCUUAUGGGACCAACAAGGGAGACCUGGUCAUCUGCCGGCCUGUAUUUUAUCGCAGCGAUGGUGAGAGCCCUGGAGAGUCGAGCAGCGAACCUUUGUUCUCCGUCAACAACAGUGGAACAAGCAGGACCCGGGCUUCUGACAGACCGGGACCAAAUCGCUCUGGCUGGAGACUGGACAGAGAUAUGGGAUUGAUGAGCGCUAUUGGUCUGCAGCCUCGACACCCUGCCCCUUCCGUGACAUCACAAGGAACCCAGACACCAGUCAUCCAGCUGCAGAACGCCGAGACACAAACGGAGAGGGACCUAUCGGAGCCCAGUGUCUCCCAGCCACCACCCAAUGUCCCUCCUGAGACUCCAUCCACCAGCCAAGCAGCUCAGGGGCCACAGAAGACGCGUCCGAGCAACAGAGCCCAGGACGGCGCCCACGGCGUCCAGGGUGAAGCUUCAGCCGACACCAACACAUCCACAGCUGCAGAGUCUCCAGAGUUCAGUUCAGGUGAAGAUGCUCUGGCCCGAAUCCGUCGGCUGAUCGCUGAGGGCGGUAUGACGGCAGUGGUCCAGCGGGAGCAGAGUACCACCAUGGCCUCCAUGGGCGGCUUUGGAAACAACAUCAUCGUCAGCCAUCGCAUCCACCGUGGCUCCCAGACGGGCGCCGGGGCCUCCAGGCCUGCGGCUGACCCCACCACGAUGGCCUCCUCUUCAGGUCCCCUCCUGGUCACCCAGACUCAGCUGUACUCCCCUCCCCAGGGUUCUGAACAGCUGGCCCCCGUGUGGGGCCCCCAGGUGCUGCCAGGCCCCCAGCCCUCCAACCUCUCUCUGGCAGUGGACAUGGAUGUGUUUGACGGGGGAAGAACAGACGAGGAUUCCCUGCCGGGCCCCUCCUCUUCCUCCCUGCUGCUGUCUUCCCCCUCUUCCUCCACCUCCUCCUCCUCCUCUCACAGCCCCCUCCAUGGUGGUGGAGGGGACCCCAGCAGUUACUCCAGUGACCCAUACAGCAGGUAGUUUUCCUAUUGGCCAAGAGAAGCAGUGUUGGCCACUCGCACUCAUGAAGGCCGUUCCUUAAAGCCUUACAAAGAAUUGGGUGCUGCUUCGACUCUGCACAGGGUCUCCCACCUGGAAAAGAGGGGACACAAAGACCCCACCUCACCCCCAAACCUCGAGUGGCAUUGGGUGCACUUGAACAACUGGACUGAAGCUGAACCGGUCAUUCCUCAUCAGAAAGGGCUUCUACUUGAACGGAGGCCAGUUAGCUCUGAGCUCCUCGCCGCCCGUUUCUCUCCAAGUAUCAGCGUGGUGGAAGACAAAGUUCCUCUUUAUCAACGUGCCAUGUCUGAGGGGAGUGGGGGUGCGUGGUAUUGCUUUCUUGCACGCAUUUACUCCAACAUGCUGCAUUCGGUGCCAUGUGAUAUUACCAUUUGAUGUGAAUUAGUGUGUGAUUGAAGUGUUUAACAGGUGAA